AUGGAAAAUAUAAUAAUCUCUCUCUGCUUAGCAGCCAUCUUGGCUUUUCUCUUCCUAAAACCACUCCUCAAACGAACAACCGCCACCAGACUUAACCUGCCACCAUCUCCAUGGCGACUUCCGGUGAUCGGAAACCUCCACCAGCUCAGCCUCCACCCGCACCGCUCACUCGGUGCCCUCAGCCUUCGCUAUGGCCCGCUUAUGCUCCUUCACUUCGGCCGUGUCCCUGUUCUCGUGGUCUCAUCCGCUGAUGUAGCUCACGACGUCAUGAAAACACAUGAUCUUAAGUUUGCUAAUCGCCCAAAAACGAAAGCAGUCAAUAUAUUUACGAACGGCGGGCGAGAUGUGGCUUUUGCUUCCUACGGCGUAUACUGGAGACAGAUGAAGAGUGUAUGCACCGUGCAUCUCCUCAGCAAGAAAAUGGUCAAGUCCUAUGAGAAAGUAAGAGAAGAAGAGAUUAAGGAGAUGAUGGACAAGGUUGAGAAAGGGAGUUCUUCUUCUUUGUCGGUAAAUCUAAGUGAGAUCAUCGUUGAUAUGACUAACAAUGUGAUAUGUAGAAUCGCCAUAGGAAGAAAAUAUAGCGGCGAGGGAAACACUUGGGAUUUUGAAAAACAUCUGAGAAAAGUCAUGGAAUAUUUGGGUGCAUUUCCGGUCGGGGAUUACAUACCGAGUUUGGCAUGGAUUGACAAAAUCCGCAGUGUGGAUCGUAAUAUGGAAGAAGUAAACAAAGCGUUCGUGGAGUUUCUAGACAGAGUGAUCCAAGAACAUGUAGAUGAAGGUAAGAAUAAAGAGACACUGGAUAUUGUUGAUAUGUUGUUACGAAUUCAAAGAGAGAAGACAAAUGGAUUGGAGCUUGAUAGAAGCGACAUCAGAGCAGUCAUUUUGGAUAUUUUUGCAGCAGGAACAUCAACAACUUUCACAGCCAUCGAUUGGGUAAUGGCACUUCUUAUAAGACAUCCAAAUUGUAUGAAAAAUCUUCAAGACGAGAUCAGAACAUAUUCGAGACAUAAGUUAUAUACUUCAGAAGAAGAAGUUGACAAUAUGGAAUACCUAAAAGCUGUGGUUAAAGAAGCUCUUCGACUACAUCCCCCAAUCCCAAUGUUGGUUCCAAGACAACUAAGUGAAGAUGUCAAACUGAAGGGAUAUGACAUUGCAGCUGGUACACAGGUAAUCAUUAAUGCAUGGCCGAUCCAUAGAGACACCACAACAUGGGGACCAGAUGCAGAAGAAUUUAAGCCAGAGAGACAUUUGGAUCUACCUUUGGAUUUCCAAGGACAAGAUUUCAAAUACAUUCCAUUCGGAUCAGGAAGAAGGCUCUGUCCAGGAAUAGAACUUGCAUCCACGUUGAUUGAGGUGACAUUGGCCAACCUUGUGAACCAGUUUAACUGGAGAGUCGAGACUAGGCCAUCAGGAGAUGAUGAUGAGUACUAUCUAGCUGAAACAACUGGUAUUGAAGUUUCUCAGAUGUCAAACGGGCCAAUCCGCACCCAAACGGGUCAACCCGCCGCGGUUUCACUUUGUCGGCGGAUCAGGCGGGUCGGACCGCUGUGGGCCGCAGUCUCCAAAAGCUCGGCCCUAACCCGCACCGCUUGGUAUUGGCCGUUAUGCGGGUCAGCCCGGAGGCUUAACUGUUUCAUGCUUAAGUUGAUUCACCAAUCAGUUUGUCUGUGA